CGUGAAAAAAAGUUUGCGCCAGUAAAAAUGCCAUAAAAAAAGACAAAUCAAAAAACAAAUAAUGAUAUUAUUAGUAUGCAUGGCGAAUAAUAAGAAAAUAUUUAAAUAAGUAUACAUUAAAAAAAGCAUGGAAAAGGAAAACAAACCGUCGAAUAAGUUGGAAAUGAUGAAGAAAUAUAAUUUACUGGAAAAGUGAAUAAGCAAACAUUAGCAAUGGAUAUACUAAAGGAAGGAUAUGUACAAUCAUUUAUAGAUUUUUUCUAUAUCACAUAAACUCCCUAAGAUAGUGAUAAUUUAGAGAGAUAUACAACAAGUAUGCUUUUGGAAUAGUAAGAGGAUAAAUUAUUAAGUUUAAAAAAAGAUUUGAUAGAAGCUGAAGAUGCCACAAAGUAUAUUUACAGUGAUAAAUCUUCUGCUAUAGAAGGUUAUUUUAAACUCGCCGAAAAUUUCUUUGAUAAUUUCUAAGAUUACAAAACAGCUUAAUUUUUUUACAAAAGAUGCAUUUCUAUAUCUAAAGAUAGCGAAGAUAAAAUUUCGGAAGGAAAAGGAAAAUUGGGUUAUGGUAAAUGUUUUGAUAGGUAAAAUAAAACGCCAGAAGCCAUUGAAAUUUUAGAAAAAAGUUUGGCUGAUGCCGAAGCUAUUGAUUAGUAAUCUAUAGUAGAAUUAAUUUCAAAAGAAUUAAUUUAAAUUUACCAUAAGGUAGCUUAAAAUUUUGAAAAAGGGGAAAGCGAAAACAUCUCAAAUGCCUUAUAUUAUUAUGAAAAAUGUCUAGAUGUAGCCAAAAAGGCAGAUAAAGAAGAAGAUGAAGGAAAUAUUUGUCAUAAAAUAGGACUUCUUUAUUAUAAAAUAGGCAAUUAUUAAAGAUCUAUUGAUUUCUAAAAAAAAUAUCUUGAAAUUUACUAACCAAUGAAUUCAGAAGAAGGAAAAUAAAGACAAAUGGAAGCACAUGCUGCUUUAGCUAAAUGUUAUUUAAAAAUGAAUGCUAAUGAUGAUGCUUAAAUCCAUUUAGAAAAAUACAUAGAACAUGCUGAAAAAUUACAUUUAAAUAAUUCUUAAUCUGAUGCUGCUUUACAUUUGGCUACACUUUAUGCAUAAAAAGGAAAUGUUCCGAAAUCUUUAGAAUAUUAUAAAUAACAUUUUGAUGGCGCAAGAACUGAAAAGCCUGAUAAAAAAGAUAGGAAGUUAGUAGAUAGGGCAAGGGUUACUUUGGGUAUUGCUAAAUCUAAUGCUACUAUAGGUAAUUUUUUUAAUUUUUAUUUUUAUAACAAAAGAUUUAUCAUAGAUAAGUAUAUUGAAAUUGUUAAAAAUAGUGAUAAAGAUAUAUAUAAAUUGUUAGAAUGGAAAGCCAAAAAAGAUAAAUGA